UGAUGACCAGCUCCUUCAUCCAGGUGCAGAGAGGCUAUUUGCUGAAAUACGGCGCACCUAUUGGAUUCUCAGAGGACGUCAAGCCAUUAAGAAACAUCAGCACCAGUGUGUGGACUGUAGGAGAUGGCGCGCCUCACCUUCUACACCCAAAAUGGCUGACUUACCUUCAUCACGGCUGAGACUCUAUAAGCCCCCGUUCUGGUCAACGAGCGUAGACUGUUUUGGGCCGUACACGAUAAAGAUAGGUCGUAGAAGAGAGAAACGCUGGGGAAUUAUCUACAAGUGUCUUACAACCAGAUGCGUGCACCUUGAUCUCCUCCCUAGUCUUGACACCGACUCCUUCCUUAUGUCAUUACGCAGAUUUAUCGCACGCCGAGGAAAGCCAUACGAGAUGUGGUCUGAUCGAGGGACCAAUUUCAGAGGUGGUCACAGAGAACUCCAAACGGCGUUUGAAAACAUGGAGCCUGACCUCAAGCAGCAACUAGCCAAGCAGACUAUCAACUUCUGCUUCAAUCUCCCGCACUCUCCUCAUUUUGACGGAGCCUGGGAAAGGGAAAUCAGAGCAGUGAAGUCAGCUCUGCAAGUAGUCCUGAAGGACCAAGUUGUAGCCGAAGAAGUCCUACUCACAGCCCUCAUAGAGGUUGAGGGCAUUUUGAACUCAAAACCACUCGGCUAUGCAUCAGCUGACAUAGCUGACCCAGAUCCCAUCACACCAAAUCUUCUCUUGAUGGGGCGGCAUGAUUCAGCACUACCCCAGGCAGUUUACGGCCCCUCAGGCACUCUUUUGACCAGAAGAUGGAGACACAGUCAGGUCAUCAGCGACCACUUCUGGAAGCGGUUCAUACAGAACUACCUCCCAGGACUGCAACUCCGACAGAAAUGGAGGAAGUCCACUGACAACAUGGCCGUGGGACAAGCUGUUAUGAUUGUGGACUCUAAUCUGCCUAGAGGCCUUUGGCCUGUGGGUACCAUUUCCCAAGUUUUUCCAGGGACUGAUGGCAUUGUUCGAGCUGCCGGGGUCAAGGUUAAAGACAGUACCUAUGUUCGCCCGGUAACUAAGCUGGUGGAACUUCCCAAAGUUCCUGAGGACUCAGAUGAUACUGCUUCAAAAUAAAAGGACUUUAGCAUGUGUGUAUUUCCAUACAAAUACAGGGGCGGCUGUUAAAAGUCCGCUUGUUCACUGUAACUGUUUAGACUACGUUACCCAUGAUGCACCUCGGUAUCUGUACUUCCGGUUGGGAACGUGUUCAGCGCAGUUCUGCACAGAUGAGAGGUGUGUCGGGGGAUUAACGUUUUUACUUGCAUUCCUGUGUGAGUUAACCCUGUGUGCGUGCUUAUCAUAUGACCACACACUCAUAUACACACUCACACUCCCUUUACCUGCAUGUGAAUGCUGUAAUGCAAUCGCCUCCCCACCAAAGCUGUACAUCCUGUUGAUGUCAUCUGCCACCUCCUUAUUAAAGUUACUUGAACUACGUCACUGUGGAGUGCCAUUCCUUCUGA